AUGCAAAAGAAGCAGCUUUAGAUCAAUGGAUUUAAGUAUGUAUAAUAUCAUGAGCAAGUUAGUCAUCCAAAAUGUCUUACUCAAAGUAGAUCUCCAAAAUACCAAUCAAAACCUAUUGAACCAUAGAUGAUUAAAUAAAUUACUCAAUUGAUUAAAAACUCGAAAGAUAGGCACACCGAAAGACAAUACAAACCCUUGGAAAAGUCCAAGCCCAAUUAAAUUGUUCAACCCUAAGUUACAUCGAGACAGACAGAAAGUAGAGAUACCUCAAAAACCUUUCAUCAAUUGUUGCAAGAGUUUAGAAACCUCAAUAAACAGAAUAAGGAGAAUUCAUUUAAUAAUAUUAAUAAGCCAUCUCAAAAGGUGAGAUAAAUCAGUUUUCCAAAUACGGUUCUUCUUAGCAAUACAAACAGUAGAACGCGUAUCAAGGAUAGUAUGUAUUUGAAUUAAGGUGAUUAAAAUGACAAAUUGACUUAGAAAAUACUUUCGAUUGCUCAAACAACAUAAAUUUAAAAUAAUUAUAAAUUAGAAUUCAAUGGAGUCAUAGAAGAUAUGUAUCGUUGUUCUUAGGAAUCCAAAAACUUAUUGAAUGAAAUGAAGGACAAUUUGAAAAAUCAAGAUUCUCAUUUUAGAAAAAGUUCUCAAAGAUGCGUAUCUGCAGAUAUGUAAUUGAUUUCCAAAAGUCCAUUUUCAAAAUCCAGAUCCUCCUCAAUAGAUCACAAGGAAUCUAGAUAUUUUGGUUCUACAUAAGCAAAUUCGAAUCCGAAAGAAUUGGAUUUGACUUGUGAUGAGAAUGAGAUAGUUAUCAACAAUAUCAAUAUUGAAGACAGAAUCAAAACUGAACCUGACCCUUUAAUCCAAUAGGAGAGGGAAUAUCUAACAGAUCCAUACUACCUAACUGAAUAAUGUGAAAUCAAUUAGCUUAUGAGAGCUAUUCUUCUCGAUUGGAUGAUGGAAGUAGCAAUGGAGUUUAGAUUAAAGAGACAAACUUUUCAUUUGGCCAUUUUCUACCUUGACUCAUUUUUAUCUAAAUAAUAGGCCAAUAAAUAAAAUUUAUAACUGAUUGGUUUGACUAGUUUAUUGAUAGCAAACAAGGUCGAAGAAGUCAUUCCUAUUGGAGUCAAAUAAUUCGAGAAGGCAGCUAAUUAUGGUUAUACCAAGGAUGAAAUACUUAAUAUGGAAUUGAAAAUUCUAUUUACUUUGAAAUGGCAUGUGAAUCCUCCUUCCUACACUUACUGGAUAAAUUGGUUUACAGAUCAAUGGGACAUUUAUGCAGAAGAUUACGGUUUAAAUAUCUAGUUUAGGAAACCAAAUGAAGAAUCGUAUCAAUUGUUUAGAAAGCUAUGUCAAUUGGUUGAUUGCACACUGAUGGAUAUCUAGACUUUGUAAUACAUGCCAAGAACUAUAGUGGCCUCAUUUAUGUACUUAAUCAUUUCCUUUUAACUUAAUGUAUAUGAUUAAGACAUGCUUGAGAUAAUGUCACAAACUUCAAUGUUCCUUUUAAAUAGAGAUAAUUAAUUUAAUGUAAUUUUCGGACAAUUUGUACAAACCACCUUUGGAUUUGCCUUACAAGACAUCCUGCCAGCCAUUCAAUAUGUGGUUGGCUUCUAUGACCUCAAGAUUAAUUAUGAGACUCCUCCUGGAGUAGUACAUUUAUCAAACACACCCUUAGAAUCAAACUAUGAGGAGUUUCUAUCAUUUCAAUGCUAUUCAAAAUCAUUACUUGAAUUUAUUAGACACAAGUCAAGAGAUUGA